GUAAGACUUCACAAGAAUGAGGAAGUCUACAACAAGUAAAACAAGUAAAACAGUGAUGCUCACGCUGUGUACGUUUGACAACGUUUCUGUAUGAAGUUCUAAGGAAGAGUUCAAAAGAACACCAUUGGAGAAAUCGACUCAUCUUUGUCCUGAUCAGGAACAUGAGGAGAUAUGAGUGCCCAGCAGUUGGUGCUGAGACAGCGAGCAGAGCUGAUACAGACCCUGUGCAGUAGUGGGUCUUCUGAGAGCCUGGAGAGUGUGCUGGACCUGCUCUUGGCUACCGGUGUGCUGGUUUGGGAGGACUACCAGACUGCCCGGGUACCUUGCAGAACCCUGUACUCCAACGUCAGAGAACUACUGGACCUGGUCUACACGAAGGGAGAGGAAGCUUGUGCUCUCCUGUUGGCUUCCAUCAGACAGGUCCUUCCUGAGGUUCAGAGAGCUGGGCUGUGCUUUGGACACUGUGAUUCGGAUCUAGAACAGUCUAGGAAGAAACCUGACUCUGUAGCCCAGAUCUUCCUGUCAGAGAGGCCGGGUCUUGUAGAGAGACUAAGGGACUGCAUUGACGGAGCUCUCCAGGCCCUGCUUGAAGUGGGAAGCUUUACGGUGUGUGAUUGUGAUGAAGUGCAGCUGCGUGUUCACACCCCAUCUCAACGGGCAAGGCGGUUGCUUGACCUGGUCAGUUCAAAGGGGGAGCCUGCAGCUCAGGUCCUCCUUCAAUACAUUCAAAGAGAAGAGAAGCCUCACUCACUAACUAACCAAGAGGAGUGGAAACCUCCCACAGUGUGCUUGCAGUACCAGAAAAAGCUACGUAGCUCCGUGUCAGCCCAGUCUCAUAUUCUCAGCACAUACGAUGGCACCUGUAGUCUAUCCCUGGAUGACAUUUACACCGAAGGUGAUGUGGAGCUGGCUCAUGGAUGCACUGAGGCUCAGAGGGCGUUGGGCCUCGAGGACAUUGUCGGAAUGGUGGGAACCUUGAACGAGCAUGCAGACACAGUGAUGGUGUCUGGGGAGGCAGGCAGUGGGAAGAGCACCCUUCUUCAGAGAAUCCAUCUGCAGUGGGCAAAGGGAGUUGCUUUGCAGGGAUUCCAACUGCUCUUUCCAUUCAGCUGUCGCAGACUUAACUCUGAACAAAGGGAACUGUCCCUGAAGGAGCUGCUCUUCCUGCACUGCUGCUGGCCUGACCAGGACCAGGAUCUUCUCUUCCGGUUCAUCCUGGACCACCCACACUUGAUCCUUUUCACGCUGGACGGCCUGGACGAACUCAAACAGAGCUUCUCAGACGAGCGGAGGCAUUGCAGCCCAACCCAGUCUGCCCCUGUGCACACCCUUCUUUUCAACCUGCUCCAGGGCACCCUGAUGAAGGGGGUACGUAAGGUGGUGACCAGUCGGCCGGAGGCUGUGAGCCCAGCUCUAAAAAGAUAUCUGAGCAAGGAGGUUCUUCUCAAGGGCUUCUCGCCAGAUGGGAUUGAUGCCUUUGUGAGGAAGCACCAUCGAGACCCCACAGUGGCCACCAGGGUCCUUCAGUCGCUAAAGAGCAACUCAACGCUAUUGGGUCUCUGCCAUAAACCUGUCUUCUGUUGGAUUGUCUCCAAGUGCUAUAAGGAACUGCUGGGCUGUGGAGGAGGUAGUCCUCAGACCAUUACAGAUGUUUACCUGAUGGUCCUGCAGCACUUUUUCCAGCGCUACCAAACGCAGAACAGAUCUUUAGGGGAUGCUUGGCUACACAAUCACCUGGAGACCAUACACCAUCUUGGACAGCUAGCCUUAGAGGGCAUUGAGACCUCCUGUUAUGUGUUCUCGGGAACAGAGCUGGAAAGAGGUGGGGUGACUGAGGAAGACAUAUCUAUGGGCUUCCUAAUCCACAGCAAGGACCUCUCCUCUAUGAGUUGCAAACACUACGAGUUCCUUCAUGUCACCAUGCAGUGUUUCUUUGCAGCAGUCUACAUUGUUGUCAACAAUAAUAAUGCCUUUACCAUCUCAAAGCUCUUUUGGCCCCAGGAAAGACAGCAGCCAGAUCUUACUACGGCGUGUCUGCGGCCCUGCUGGGCCUCCACAGGCCAACAAGAGGGAAUUUCCGAGGCUACUGUCAAAGCAGACAUACCCAACCUUCAGAUAACCGCCACCUUUGUGUCAGGGCUUCUUUCUCAACGCCACAGUGGCCUCAUGCUGCAAUGCUGCCCUUCACCAUCUUUGGACAGGAAGUAUAGGCAGGUGUUCAAGUGCCUGUCCAGAAGCAUGCACAAGCACUUCAAGUCUAUCCCCCGUCCAGUGGAUGGGGAAAAAAAGAGCAUGCACGCCAUGCCAAGCUUUGUCUGGCUCAUCAAAUGCAUCUACGAGAUGCAGGAAAGAAAGAUUGCCAGAGAAACAAUGGCGAAACUGGAGGUGGAGCAUCUGAAGCUGACCUACUGUAACAUUGGACCUGUGGAGUGCACUGCCCUGGCCUAUGUGCUCCAGCACCUGAAGAGCCCUGUGGGGCUUCAGUUGGACUAUAACUCUGUGGGUGAUGUCGGUGUGGAGCAGCUACUUCCUUGCCUCCAUGUGUGUGGCUCUCUGUAUCUCAGAAACAACAACAUAUCAGAUGAAGGAAUCCGAAAACUUAUCGAGAAGGGUAUUCAGUGUGAAAGCUUCCAAAAGAUUGCGUCAGCACAUUGUUUAUUGAAAAUGGUGAUUAAAGCAGACCAACCUAUUACUGUCAAUCUGACUGUAUCUCUGAAUCCUUGUAAAAGACUGGGAAAUAAUAACAUCACAGAAGAAGGGGCAAAGCAACUAGCCGAAGGACUGAAGUUCAAUCAUUCACUGCAGUUUUUAGGGCUUUGGGGGAAUAAGAUUGGGGAUGUAGGAGCAGAUGCCAUUGCCAAAGCCCUAGAGAACAGCAAGACCCUGGUGUGGCUUAGCUUGGUAGAGAAUGGUGUUGGUAGUGCAGGAGCUCGUGCUCUGGCCCAAGUCAUAAAGAAAAGUAAAACAUUAAAGGAGAUGUGGUUAACAAAGAACUGCAUCACCAAAACGGGGAUAGAAUACCUGAUUCAAGCUCUUAAAAGCAACAGUAGUGUGGAGGCAGUGUGGUAUGUAAAUAACAGUGAUGAUCAAAUCAUUAAUAUCUGUAUAUUUUUUAGUGUACAGAUUAUUAUGGUUUUGUUAAAUACAUGUGUACAUGUAAUCUCUGUGAGAAUAAGGCCAGUGAGUAAACUGUGUGUGAAUUCAACUGAUUGUUUCCUCUGUCAGGUUGAAAGGUAACGAGCUGAGUCCAAAGGAGGUUGAGGAGUUGACUCUCAGAGAAUCCCGACUAACGUUCUGAUUAGUUACAUUAAAUCCAGUAGAUUAAGUGGCCCAGAGAACAGUGUUUGAACAAAAUAUUGGUGCCUGCCAUUUAUUAAACUUUUUGUAACAUAACAAUAUUUCAAAAUGUUUCUUGGCUUUUCAAAAAUGUGUAUUUGUUUUAUGUGCGUAAAAAGUGACUCAGAUUUUGUGUUUGGCCUAAACUAAAGACAAAGUUUAGAGUAGCCUACAUCCUGUGUUGGUUCAUUGUUACAAUGAAGAAUGCAAAAGUGUAAUAAAAUCUAUAAAUAUGCUA